AUUACUUGUUUACAUAUUCAUCAAUAAUCUUCUUGCCUACACUGACGCGUGAGCAUAGCCGUAUCUGUAAGGACGAUCAACACACCUGCUUACUUUAACCAUGAGUACUAGAAGAUUUUUGUUAUAUGUUAAAGCAGCGAGUAAUGGGAAGGAUAUUGGCGAUUGUCCUUUCUCUCAGCGAGUUCUGAUGUUUUGCAAAUUGAAAGUACUCUCAGAUAGAAUAGACAUAACUACAGUUGAUAUUGCAAAUAAAUCAGACGACUUCGUACGUCUUAACCCUGGUGGGACGGUUCCUGUACUUGUCGACAGAGAAAAGGAUAAUAAAGUUAUUGCCGAUUCAGCAGAUAUUAACAAAUAUUUAGAACAAGAAUUUAAAGAAUGUGAUUGCAAAGUAGGUUAUACCGGACCCGCGCUUGAUGCAUGUUCCGGAGUAUUUCCAAAGCUAGCAGCAUUACUGAAAAAUAAAGAUAAAUCGAAAAAUGAUAUCUUAAAAGCUGAAUUAAUUUCGGAAUUAUCAAAAGUAAAUGAAUAUCUUAAAAGUGAUUCUCAUAAAGGCAAAUUUCUGAUUGGAGAUGAAAUGAAUGCAAUUGAUUGUAUGUUUCUGCCUCGUCUUCGACAUGUUAUAGUUGCUGCAGAUCACUAUGCGGGGAUAAAAAUUCCAGACGACAUGUCCGCUUUAAAACAGUACGUCGAGGAUGCUAAUAAAACCGAGAUAUUCUCUGCAACGUGCUGUCCAGAUGACGAGAUAAUUAAAGGAUGGUCAAGACAUGUCAUCUGAUUUAUGCCUGAAAAAUUAAAAUUCGUAUAAAGAUUAAGACAUAUUCUAAUUUCAUAAAUAGAACGCUGUCUGAUAGAAAAGUACAUUGAAACCUAAAGAUAAAAUAUUAUUUAUUUACUGGUUUAUGGUGUGCACAUGUACGUGCACGUGAGGUUCAGUAUCUGGCUGUCUAUGUUGUGUUUUGUAGACCUUUGUUUGUCUUUUA